AAGCCGAGUUUGUUCCUUUAAUCCCGGCGCGUCCUUGAUCAAGGGCCGAUAAUGCAGGAGACCAUUGAGACGGACUGAGUUUUCAUGCUCGGAUCAUGGCGGCGGAAUUGAGGCGGGAGACGCUACCUGCUCACUGGUCUUACGGUGUUUGUGAGGAUGGGCGGAUAUUUUUCAUUGACGAUCAAACACGAACCACCACUUGGUUACAUCCACGAACUGGUGAACCUGUCAACUCCGGCCAUAUGAUCCGAUCAGAUCUACCUCGGGGUUGGGAGGAAGGUUUCACUGAGGAAGGAGCCAGCUACUUCAUUAAACCAAAUACUCAAAUGUCCAGGCAACAGACAGACCAAAGGCCGCAAAGUAUGAUCAGCGAGACCUCAACAGCAGUAACUGUAUCCACGGUGGAUGCUGCUCCAGGCUCAAGGGACAGUUCUGGAAUGAGACUGUGGAAACGCCGAUGGUUUGCACUUUCAGAAUAUUGUCUAUUCUAUUACAAAGACAGCAGAGAGGAGACUGUACUGGGCAGCAUUCCUUUGCCUAGUUAUGUAAUCUCGCCGGUUGACCCUGAAGAUCACAUAAGUCGGAAAUAUGCUUUCAAGGCUACCCAUACAGGCAUGCGGGCAUACAUGUACAAUAAAAAUUCUGAUCGUGGCUCGCAGGCAGACCAGAGUGGUAUGAGAACGUACUAUUUCAGUGCCGAUACACAAGAGGACAUGAAUGGCUGGAUCAGGGCUAUGAACCAAGCUGCACUUAUGCAAGCAUACACUUUAAAGAGAGAACCAGAAAAAGCUGAAAGACCUCACUUUACUCGGAACAACUACAUCAACUCGUACAAGGGCUUAACUAAGGCAGACGUGCUUCAGAGCAGAGACAGUGCUGGGAAACCACUAGAUGAAAAGUUUGGGUUUGAAAAAUAUGAUGAAAUGAAGAAAGAUUGGGGUGAUGAAGAGAGAUAUGGUUUUCAAAAAGAGCCGAUAGAGAUACUGCCCAGAAAAGUGAAUAAGAGCAAGAUGCAAGCAAGUCCCGUGGAACGUGAUAUGUUUACGCAUCGUCGUCCUUUGUCUCAUCCGCAAUCCACACAACGCAAUGGCACAAUUCAGCCUCCGACGAGUGCUGCUCUGAUAGACCAGAAUGGUGCCGAUGUUUAUUGGAGGGGGUUUGAGCCCAGAACUGGAACAGCGAAAAACGACCAGCGGAAAAGUUCCAUGGUGCACGUAGAGCACUGGGUGAAAUCUCACAAAGGAGACAGCAAAAGCCUUGCAUCUGCUCAGACUCUUCCACACCGUACACUAAAUCAACCUCAGCCUUACCCAGAGAAUUACCAAACUCUGCCAAAGAAUAUUGGGCAACCUUCAGAAAGUUACCCUGGUACAAAUCAUAACCUACCAAGUGAUUACAAGUAUGCCCAGGACCGCGUAAGUCACUUAAAAAUGUCAAAUGAAGACCGAAAGGCCACGAAAGAGGGCACUGUAUGGCAGCUGUAUGAGUGGCAGCAGAGGCAGCAGUUUAAGCAUGGCAGCCCAACUGCUCCGCUCUAUCCCUCACAUGCCACAGACUUUGACUCUGGCCUACCAAAAUCUGCCUUUGAUGUUCCUCGUUCAAUCUCUGUCCCUCCAUCUCCCUCAGACAUCCCGCCACCAGGUCCUCCAAAAGCCCUCUCACCCAGAAGACCCCACACUCCAGCAGAAAGAGUCACCGUCAAACCCUUGGAAACAAGGCCAGCUGAGAUCAUCUUAUCGGGAUCUCCGGGAAGAGCCCGUGGCACUUUGACAAAGAGUUUGGCACACAUUGACAGACGCUCUAUGCCUCCCAUGGGUUACAUGACACACACCGUCAGUGCCCCCAGCUUACAUGGAAAGACAGCUGAUGACACAUAUAUGCAACUAAAGAAGAACCUGGAGUAUCUCGAUCUAAAGGUGACGGGACAAGAACCAAUCAGACGUGUUCUGCAACCAGUUAAAAUUGCUGAAAGCAAUGUUGAUGCUAAACUGAGCAGACUUUGUGAAAGGGACAAAUGUCUCCAAGAACUGGAAGCCAAAGUUCGGCAACUGAAAGCAGAUAAGGACCAGCUUGAAUCUGUACUGGAGGUAACCCACAGGCAACUGGAUCAAUAUAAAGGACAGCCAACUCAUACUGAGAAGAUUGCCUAUCAACAGCGGCUGCUGCAAGAGGAUCUGGUUCAAAUCCGAGCUGAGAUUUCCAAAGUCUGUACAGAACUGGAAAAAGCAUGGAAAGAAUAUGAGCAGACUGAAAACGGUGUGAACCAGCUCAAGGAAGCUAUCCUUGGAUACAUGAAAACUGCACCAAGCUCCCAGGAUCAAGAACAGAUAAGAAAGGAUCUGAGGAGAAUUGAGGAUGUCAUGGCAGGCCUCAGUGUGAACAAGAACAACUAUAAAAUGAUCAUUGAAUCUAUUCAGAAUCCUGAAAGAGAAACCAUGCCUUCAGUGCCUUCCUCAAUGGUGCCUUCAGUAAUGAAUACAAUCUCAGUGAAAGAGGGGAGAACUAGUAUGCAGCUGAGUCCCUCAGUGAGUCCAGUGCUGCCACGUCCAGAGCCUGUGGAAACACAAUUUCAAACUCUACAACAGCCUGUUAGUUUGCCACCUUCCAAACCUCAAUCUCUGCCUCAGUUCCGACAACAUCCAAUGGUGCUGGAGGAUCAAGCUCCACCUCGACCACCUCUCCCUCACAUGUAUAGCCCUGAUGAUGAGCCACCAGCUGUACCACCUCUUCCAAAAGAUACCACAGUCAUCAGGCAUACGUCAGUCAGGGGACUGAAACGCCAGUCUGAUGAAAGGAAGAGAGACCGGGAGUUUGGCCUGUACUUGAAUGGAGAUUACAAAGCUGAACUGCGUACUUAUAUGAGUGAACCUGAACUCCUAUCAGUUGGGAAUGGGCUCAACAGGUCCACGGCUGGAGCCUUUGGCCUAGACAAUGGCUUGCAGACACUGACUGGUAAAGGAUUGUCGUUGUCUAACUCAGGGCUACAGCAGUCAUCAACCAUUGCAUCUUUUGUCACGCUUAGGCGGAAAAAUGAUGAAACAAGCUCUAAGGAAAGGCCAAAGAGUGCCUUGGAGCGUCUCUACGGAGAACACCAAAGAGGCAGAAUGAGUGCAGAGGAACAGUUGGAGCGCAUGAAGAGGCAUCAGAAGGCUUUGGUUCGUGAGCGAAAGAGAACGCUGAGUCUUGGAGAACGGCAUUCCACAUCGUCUCGGACCUCUUCCAGACCAUUGUCUGUUGAUGUUGGCUCAUGGAAACGUGAACAAGAAUUUGAUUUACAGUUAUUGGAAAAAGCAGUGAAAGGAGAGCACCACAAUCUUCAAGAUGGGUUUAUAAAGCAGUCAGUACCGGUGGUGGAAGCUGACGUGGAACCACUAGACUACGAUCUAGACCUCAGCAAAGAGUUGUCAAAGCCAGACAUGGUUCUAAUUCCAGAACGCUACAUAGAAUUAGAGCCUGAGGAACCACUCACCAAUGAGGAAUAUGAGGCAAGGAAGCGCAAGGUGCAAAAAAUCAAAAACAUCCUUUCCAAAUUGAGUUACCAGAAUGUGCAACCCGGAGUUAACUACAUAAACGAGAACUCCUCUGAUCUCGACUCUCAGUUGCAGGAACGGGAACGUAUCAUCACUAUGUCCUACGCGUUAGCAUCUGAGGCUUCCCAGCGGAGCAAAAUAGUAGCAGCUCAACAGCAGGUCCAUUCGUCUUCAGCACCUUCCCCUCCUCAUUCCCCUCUUAGCAAUGGAUUCCACUACACAUUUGUCUAAGCAAACCAAAUCCCUGGCUGAACACUAAUUAUAAACAGAAGCAAAGAAUUGAACAAGGAAAGAAAAUUGCAAGAAACCUACAAAGUUGAUCUGAUGGAGAACAACACUGCAUUGCAGUUAACCUGUACUAACCAGCCAGAAACUAAUUGAAUCAACUUGUUUUUGUACUAAAACAAACAAGGGCAACUUUUCUUUAGUAAGCAAUGAAGCAGGAUUGUAAAAACAGUAAUUUACUGGAUUAAGUAUUUAAAAGGCAAACUAUUUUUCUAAAACCUAAAGGAUGCAGAAACAUUCACGGUGGAAGUUUCGGUGACUCGGAUAUUGGAAACUAAAUUUUUUUUCUUAACACAGAAGUGUGUGAAGUAGAUUAACUUUUUUAAAACAAAACAUAUAUAUGGUAUUGCACUUUAUACAUAUCCCAUGAAAAGCUGAUUUGCUGCAUUUUAGAAUCAGAAUGUAUUAAAAUAGAUUUGUACAAAACAUGCAAUUGUUCAGAGCAAUUUUGCAGUGUUGUGAAAUAUGUUUAAUUUUAUUAGCCUGUUUUCAGCUGCAAUAUUAUGUAUUCCGAUGGUGGCUACAAAUACUUCACAAGAAAAAGAACCAAUUUCGUGGUUCUCAUAAUUUACAUAAAAAUACUGAUCUAUUUUUGAACCUGAAAUUAAAAAUGUAAUAUUCCUACACUUUUUGGAUCAAUUUUAAAGUGAGUUUAUUUUGUCUGAAUCGAGCACUGCCAGAAUGAAUUAUAUUGCCAAAACCAAAUGGAUUUCAUUGUUAUUUCCGCAUGGACUCUUGCAAAGUAAAAAGCACAGAGAAGAGAUAUUUUGGAAGAUAGUGAUGGAGCAUUGACACGUUUUUGUAAUUUGCAAGGGAAAAGGUUGCAUUUGUGUAAAUAUUAAACAAAAAUUCA